AUGAGUGUGACUUGUAUCGGCAAACUCUGGGCUUUGACCUCAUUCGUGGCGUCAGUUGCCUGUGCAGUGGGUUACUACUUCCCCUACUGGCUGGAAGGUUUCUACGUCACGGACAAUGGCGAACUUGUGCCCAUGUACUUCGGCGUUUUCCGGAGAUGUGCUUACCCCAGACUUGGAGCUGACGGUCGAGUAGAAAUCGUCAACGAGUGUGGCAUCUACAGCUCAUUCACAGACAUCCCCAGCCUAUACUGGCAGAUCAGCACUGUAACUGUUGGAGCUGGGACCUGUCUAGCGCUACUUCUGUCUCUGACGUCCCUAGUGUGUCUGUGCGUCAGGGACAUCAUCACAGUCAAAGUGGCCAGGACUGGGGGUGUUCUCCAGCUGUUGGCAGGACUCUCAGUUGGAGCUGGUGUGGCUAUCUACCCGCAUGGCUGGGACUCCACCCAAGUGGUUCAGGCCUGCGGACACAGAUCCAGCAGCUACUAUCCAGGUGACUGCUCGCUCUACUGGGCCUUCUACACCACCGCGGCAGGAGCAGGUCUCACCAUCCUGUGUUCAACCGUGACAUGUCAGGCUUUCAAGCAGAAACCAUAUUACCAGAGAACUGCCUAUGAUGUCUAG